GAGUCGAUGCAGAAUCCGCUACACACUGGAGCGAGAGGCGCGCGAAAUACCUGUCAAGGAAUUAUGAGCGUGGAUCGUCUAUUCGAUGAGCUUGGACACUUCAAAAGGUUCCAGGCAUGUCUGUACUUUGCUGCUGUCUUCCAGGCCAUAGCAUGUGGAAUCCACUACCUGGCCUCUGUGUUCCUUGUGGAGAGGCCAAGCUUUGUCUGCGCCCCGCCCGGUAACGUAACUGACGUCCUGUAUGGGAACUACACAGGUGCUUCCCUGGAGGAGGUGCUACCGUUCUUUAAACCGGCGAAUGGGCCCAUGGUGGUGCGGACGGCGGAGGGCAAACAGUGGGAGCUCAGCACCUGCCAGCGAACCCAGAGGAUGAACCCCACAGACUUUACCUACGAGCAGCUCGUCAACAGGACGACAGAGAAGUGUGACAGCAACUACCAUUACGUGUACGACCACAGUGAGGUGUAUCAGAGCAUCGUGACAGACUGGGACCUAGUGUGUGACAGGGAAUGGCUGGCCAAGCUGUGUCAGCCCACUUUUAUGAUGGGUGUGCUGGUCGGAGCGCUGGUGUUCGGGGACAUCGCUGAUAGGGUUGGCAGACGGAGGAUCCUGAUGAUCACCAGCCUGUGCCAGUUUGUGUUUGGUGUAAGCGUGGCAUUUACGGGGAACUACUACCUAUUUAUGUUCAUACGCUUCCUGCUCGCCAUGGUGUCUAGUGGCUACCUUGUGGUGGUGUUUGUGUACGUGACCGAGUUCACCGGCAACAAGGUGCGCACGUGGACCUCCAUGCACGUGCACGCCGCCUUCGCCGUGGGCGUCAUGAUGGUAGCAGUCAUGGGCUACCUGGUGCGGACCUGGCGGAGCUAUCAGAUCCUCCUCUCCACCUGCACCUCCCCCUUCCUCUUCUUCUGCUGGAAGUUCCCAGAGACGCCCUUCUACCUGAUGGCUAAGGGGAGGCUCCAGGAGACCCAGGUCUUGCUGGACUCCAUUGCCCGCUUCAACGGGCUGGAGCCUGGCCGCCUGAAGGCCGAGGACCUCCUGGAACCCGAGGAGGCUCUGCUGGAGAAGGAGGUGGCAGCGGGGGUAGCCCAGCCGGCAGAGCCCGAGAAGAAGCUGAGCAUCCUGGACCUGUUUGGGACAUGGAGGAUGGGAUGGAGGACAGUGACGGUGGGGGCCGUGUGGUUCAUCAGCAGCCUGGGCUACUACGUCUUCUCCCUGGGCUCUGUUAACCUGGGGGGCAACCAGUACAUCAACCUCUUCCUGGCUGGUGCGGUGGAGUUCCCCUCCUACCUGAUUGGCUGUUAUGCGAUGGACCGGGUGGGCAGGAAGAGGACAUGUGCCCCGGCUCUGCUGCUGGCAGGAAUGGCCUGCAUGCUCAUCAUUGUGGUGCCAAACGACAUCGAGGUGUUAGCCAUCUUCCUCAGUAUGACAGGGAAGUUUGCUAUUGCCAUCGCCUUUGGCCUCAUCUACUUGUACACCUGUGAGCUCUACCCAACCAUCAUCAGGUCCCUGGCGGUGGGCAGUGGCAGUAUGAUGUGUCGUGUGGGCAGUGUGGUGGCUCCUUUCUGUGUCUACCUGGCUGACAUUUGGCAAUUCCUGCCACAGCUGAUUGUGGGGAUCCUGGCAUUUAUAAUAGGUGUUCUGUCCCUGUGGUUACCAGAGACCCUGGGUGAGCCCCUGACCAGCACUAUGGAGGAAGCUGAAGCCCUAGGCAGGAAGAAGAACCCCGAGGAGGACAAGAAAGACCCUGAGGAAGGGAUGGAGAUGAACCAGAGCAACUAGCUGGAUGUCAAGACUUGAGGGACACACCUCUCCACCAACCAGAGAGAAGGAGUGGUCCACGAAAACAGAGAGAGGGAGAGGGAGAGACUCUGACUACUGUAAACGGUGCCAAGAAACCAACAAAAACCAACAACAUCUAAAUUAGAACAAGUAGGACUUUUUAUAAUAAAGUAUUUUUUGACAUUUUGUUCUGCAAAGUGACCCAUUUCAGAGAUGGUAUCCUCUGGUUGAGCCAGCCAACUUCUGAGUGCCUUGGCUGCAGCUGUUACAUAGAGACAGAGGGAAGUGAAGUUUAUUCAUCACAUCUUAGUCUCCUGAUGAGAGCCACAUGAAAAUGAGCUUCAUGAUCGGCAUUGACGUAAUGUGUGCCUUCCAAUCACAUCAACCAAUGAAUUUACACAUAGCGAGACAAUCUUAAGUGCUGUGUGUGCGCUGUGUGUGUGCGCUGUGUGUGUGCGCAAGAGAUCAAGAGAGAGUGUGCAUGUGUGUUUGUGCAUGUGAAAUGUGAUAUUUCACUGACUGAGACUGUGCUGUAGGGCUUAAUUCAAUUCGAUCCGCUUUAGCCAACGGCGGUAUCAGAGGUGGAACUGUGUUAAGUGCUGUCAAAUCCACAAGUUGCUCCAGGCAUUAUCGGAGAUACUUUUGAGAAGAUGGGAAGCAACGAGAGCUCUCCUUCAAGGAGUGAAUUGGAGUCAUUUGGGCACUUGCUCAAAAACAUUAGCAAGAAGUACAACACUCAAAUGUUUUUUCCGAUAUGUGUGAUAAUUAACUUCUGUAAUAUUGUAUAGCUUUGGUAUCGUGACAUUACGUACCUGCGAGGAAAAUAGGCACGUUUCUCGGCUCAUACCCUGACUGGGAAGGAAUUUUGUGACGAUUAGCUUAGCAACUGCUUGAAGCAACAACAUUAACGCGAUUGGUCAACAGUAUGCUGGGUAGGGCGUUAUACGUUCCUCCAUUCAUUGACCAAUGGGAUUGCUUUCUCCUCCUUUCUCCAAUAUCUCUGGUAUUAUGCCUAAAGCGGAUAUUGCCACUGGCUGCACAGAGUCACAUUAACAUAAAUCCCAUGCAUCCUUGUUUACAAGUUGGAACAGUGGAAUGUGAGAUGUAAUCUAGCCUACACCCUAGAUUAGGUUGAUACACAUCCUCAUUAUUUACUUUAACGAUUCUUCCAUUUGAACAUACAUAGCCUACACUUUCUUGUUCGGAACUUAUAACUUGAGUGGGGUGGGUGUGGAUCUAUGACACUUCCAAAACGUCCGCAAUGUGAGUGACUGCUAUCGCCGGUUAAUGCUGAACUGAUUGAAUCUAGGCCUUGGUUUCCUCUAUUCAAACCGAUAAUCAUGUAGUGUAGCUGUUUUUGCUCAUGUGUUACAGCCGAUGCUGUUGUUUUGUCAUUUUUAUCUGAAGUCCUUACAAACAGACACACACACAUUUGUUUUACUAUCCUUGUGAGGACUUCUGGUCCCCGCAAGGAUAGUAAAACCAAACGCACACGGAGAAGUGCAUAGUGCACGUGUUUCCUAGACGUGCUUACUUUAUAUUGAAUCUGAGCUCAUUCAGGACCUCACUGUGAUACUAUGCCUAUAUGUUUUACUCUAUAGAUUUGCGUGAUGUUUUCUUACAUUUAAGUGUAAUCAUGGUCAAACCAUUUAAAUUAUCAUUAUACCGGUCUCUAAAAUCUUAUGGCAUCAAUAAUUAUCUUAAAAUAAACACAUUCUUAUUAUUUUGAAA